GUCGUCAUCCCGAUUUCCGGUGCCUGGCGGUUUUCACGUUUUCUUACUUUGACCUCAGUCGUUACCCAGAUGCAUGCUCCCUAACCCGCAUUAGCUUUACUGAAAGUCGGUGGGAAAUCAUCAGAAACACUCUAAACGGACAGUCGGCUUUACUGUGUUUUCUAGCGACUUGUUCGCCGCGCACGCAGCUGAUUGAACCCGGCAGAGGAGCAUGGCUGCAAUCGAGGAGCUUUCCCCUGCUGCGGGCCCGACGUCUACUCGGCCCCUCGAGGAUGAGAUUGAUGACGAUGAGGAUGAAGACAUGGAUGAAACACUGACGGAGAGGCUGUGGGGCCUGACAGAGAUGUUUCCUGACACAGUUCGCAUAGCUGCUGAGGUUUCAGCACAAUAUUCUGUCUCACUGGUCAAGAAGUUCUAUAGUUUUUCUCGCGCUGCACUUUGGGUCGGUACUACCUCUUUCAUGAUCCUGGUGCUGCCUGUGGUGUUUGAGACAGAGAGACUACAGAUGGAGCAGCAGCAGAUACAACAGCAGAGACAGAUCCUGUUGGGGCCCAACACUGGAAUAUCUGGUGGGAUGCCAAGCAUGAUGCCCACAGCACCCGGCAAGAUGUGAGUGACAGGAAGGGCCAACAUGAACCUGUGAAAUCUGCUGCUAGCAAUAGAGCAGGGCCAAUCGCAAGGAGAGACAGAGAGACUAUGUAGAAGUCCAAAGGACUGUGGUUUAAAAAAAAACAACAUUAGGCCUAAUCAAGUGGAUGUGAUGCAUGUUUGACACCUCUACUCUCUCCCCUAACUCCAACAUAAUGCAGAGGCUGAUGUCCAAAAGAAGUGUUUCAGUUUUCUUUCUUUUUUCCUUUUUAAAAUAAACCAUUAUCUCAGUGUAAAUGUGUUCUUUAGGGGAAAACAGGUACAGGUAGAUAAAUGGGAAAAAAAAGGUCUGGAGGGUUACCAAUUGUGCAGCUCAGUCUGAAAAUGUUAAUAUACUUUUUUUUGUUCACAGUCUUGUCCAUCAUCAUGCACUUGUUUCUUCCACUUGUAUGUGGAGAAUACAGGGGAGUGUGAAUUGUGACAAGUGUAGCAUAUCGUAGACAAUAUUAAAUGAUAGGAAUGUCAUCUACUGAAUGCCUUUUUGAAGUUGAACAGUAAAUUGCAUCCUUUUUUAUGCAGUGCAUGUAUGUGCAUUUGUCACAGUUCACAAAGUGCAAUGCCUCUCACUUCAGAAUAGGUGCGAUUAAUGGUUUUAUUGUAUUUUUCUGAUUUUAAACAAUAGGUUGUAUAAGGAAGUAACACCAGAUUUCAUGCUGUACAGUUAUUGAGAGAUUUUCCUUUUCAUUGGUGGUAUGUGAAAUGCAACAUUUUAUUGUCCUUAAGGACAGGAGAUGUAAGUUUUUGGGUAAAUGCAGUUGUGUUGGUUGAUAAAGGUUUGAUGGUAAAUGUCUCAUAAUUGCCCUGACAAGUCCUGUCUUGGAAUGUUUUGUUUUCUGUCAUCCAUGCAACAGUUUUCAGUCUUAAAUCUCUCCCAUGUUGUUUUUUGUAAUCAUAAUGACUGUGGUAAUUAAAAUAGCAAAUCAAACUGAAGAGCUGUUUUCUGUUAGCAGGUUUGUUCAGCUGUAUUUGACCAGUUACUUAACUGCACAUAAGCCAUUAAAGAGAAAUGACCAGAAUAAAUUGCAUGAAAAAUGUCAACAAGUAAGCAAAUGCA